AUCAGCUAGCCCUGAGGAUUUCUUUUAAAGUCAACAUUUAACUAUGAAGCACACACUGUAAUUUAUUCUCUCAAAAGUCACAAAGCUCAUCCAACUCUAACCUUGGUAAGUAAAUUCACACAUUCCAGUUUACAGCCCUGCAUAGCUUUGAAUUCUGAAUAUAAGAGAAAAAUCUACGAAUCUCCAGAAAACCUCUUACAGCUGUAUAUAUUCUGCAAAGAAGUUUUGUUUCUUCCAGUUAUUUGAUUUCAUUCAGUUCCCAUAUUCUUGUCGUGGGCCACAAUUUCAUUACCAUGUUCGUGUAAACAUAAUCCGGGCAGUGACUCAAAAAGUAAGUCAGAUCAGUAAAUACCCAACACAUCACCGUCAACAUCCAUGCUUCACUGUGAGCAGCCUCCUCCUCCUCCUCCUCAUAUAAACCGGAGGGAAACCCCAUCAGAGCUCCAGAGACAGUCAGCUGGAGAUUACAGAGACAGACGGCAGCAGAGACAUCAACUCCCGGCUGUAAAUGCUCGAGGAUUUAACAACUAGAUCAUCCUGCAAUGUCCGAAUUAAACCUGGUUUGUUUUUAUCAGUAAAGUCCUUCUUUGCCACCCUUUUUUUUUUUUUUUUUUGGACACUUUUCGGACAUAGUUUCUGCACUCUUUAGGUUUUAGGUGAAUCUCUGAAAUUUAAAAAAAAAAAAGACAGAAAAAAAGGACAUUUAUGUCUGGAGUGAGGGGGAAGAAAUCGACUGGUGUUAUCGUCUUUGCUGGGAUUGUGUUCCCAGGGAAAACCUUGUGAACAGUUCAUCCAUCUCAUCCUCAUUCCGUCGCCAUGCUGUCCAGUGUGCGCCGACACAGCCUCCGCCUGCAGACGGAGCUGCACCGGUGGAGCAUCUGCGACCCGGGCAGCCACCUGCUGGCGGACAGCUUCCUCACGCGGGUCCCCGCCUGCAUCUCCCGCUCCAAGUCCUGCACCAGCUCCGCCGGGGAGUCGGAUGGGAGCCGCGGGAGCUGGUCGUCCUCAGACUCGGUCAUCUCCUCCGACUCCAGCGGGGACCUGCCGGAACCGGGCAGCCCGUACCGGGUGGUGCUGUUAGGGGCCAGCGGGGUCGGGAAGACGGCUUUCGCGAGCAUCUUCGCCGGGGCGGCGGACAGCAUGGACAGCGACUACAGCGAGCUGUGUGGAGAUGAAGUGUGUGAAAAGGACAUUGAAGUGGACGGAGAGCCCGCAACUCUAACCCUGUUUGACACAUGGGACACAGAGACUGACGGCGAUUGGGCUCAGGAGCGCCACAUGCAGACAGGUGAUGCCUACCUGUUGCUGUACUCCGUCACGGACCGAGCCUCGUUCCUGCGGGCCUCGGAGCUCAGAAUAACACUACGCCGGCUCCGCCCUGCCCAGCACACGCCAAUCAUCCUGGUGGGGAACAAAUGUGACCUGGUGCGACGCAGAGAGGUGUCAGUCAGCGAGGGGCGCGCCUGUGCUGCUGUGUUCGACUGCAAGUUUAUCGAAACCUCGGCCGCCAUGCAGCACAACGUCUGGGAGGCUUUUAACGGCAUAGUGCGGCAGCUGCGUCUACGUCGGGACUCCAAGGAGGCCAACAAGCGUCGCAGGCACACGAGCUGUAACACGCGCCGCGAGAGCCUUCCUAAGAAGGCCAGGCGCUUCCUCGACAAGGUGGUGGCAAAGAACAAUCCCAGUGUGGCAUUCUGGCUCAAAUCAAAGUCCUGUCAUGAUCUGUCGGUGCUGUAGGAGCCCAACAGAGACUCCUCUUCUAACUCUACACCAAACCUUUGAGCAGGUUGCAGCCGGGAGAGCGGACUGUGAGGGCAUGGGCCUGCGUCUGAAGGGCUGAAAAGUCGGAUGGUUCACCACCAUCAUCACCGCGUUCAUAUCCACCCUCGGCGCACACGAGAGGUGUUUGGAACAUUUCUGCACUGUCAUCCAUAUGUUGAACUAGACCGAGUGGACUGAGCUCAGCGUGUCAGCCUGUGUAACAGACUGGAAAUGACGUGACGUUUCCAGUCACAGACUCUUUGUGACUUGAAUGUUGGAGGUUAGAGCUCAACUGACAGACGGACGCAAUGUUUUCUGUGUUUUGAACAAAGAACAUUAACACCAGCCCUGUGUUUCCUUUCUUCUCUCAUCUCUUUUACUCUCAUUCCUGCCAAAUGUUUUUUGUCUGUCGAGCCCGAAGUGCUGACAUCACCAGUAGUAAGCUAUUGAUGAUUAAGGUUGGUUUUUUUUGUAUGAGUUUAUUUAUAACGUGUUGUAUUUUGCACUUACUGUAAAUAAAUACCAGAUUGACAACGUAAUGUAUUUUGCUACUUGUGUGCAGUUUCAGUGUUGCUUAUUGAAAUAAAGUGACAUCAUCCGA